CCCUCUUCCGGGUCUGAGCGAUGAAGCCCCGCCCCCCGCCCCCGAGACGGCCACUCUUCGGGUGUCCCGCGCGGAAAGCGGCGGCGAUCGGCGGGCCUGCAUCGCGCGCCGCGGGACAGCGAUCGAAUCCCCGGGCCGCAGGCAAUGGAGAAGGCGCCGGCUGCGCCCCGGCUACCCCCACACCAUCCCGGAACGCCGGUGUUGUCCGUGGUGGACAUGCAUACGGGCGGCGAGCCCCUGCGCAUUGUCCUGGCGGGCUGUCCCGAGGUGGCUGGCCCCACGCUGCUGGCCAAGCGGCGUUACAUGCGCCAGCACCUUGACCACGUACGGCGACGGCUCAUGUUCGAGCCUCGGGGGCACCGGGACAUGUACGGGGCUGUGCUGGUGCCCAGCGAGCUGCCGGACGCUCACCUGGGCGUCCUGUUUCUGCACAAUGAGGGCUACAGCUCCAUGUGUGGCCACGCCGUGCUGGCGCUAGGCCGCUUUGCGCUGGACUUCGGGCUGGUGCCGGCGCCCCCGGCUGGCGCUCGUGAGACGCGCGUCAAUAUCCACUGUCCCUGCGGGCUGGUGGCCGCCUUCGUGGAGUGUGAAGGCGGCCGCAGCUGUGGCCCGGUUCGCUUCCACAGUGUGCCGGCCUUUGCGCUGGCUACAGAUCUCCCAGUGGAUGUUCCUGGCUAUGGGAAGGUGGUAGUGGACAUUGCUUAUGGGGGUGCAUUUUAUGCAUUUAUUAGUGCUGAGAAGCUAGGACUCGAUGUUUGUUCCGCAAAGACCAGGGACCUUGUGGAUGCAGCCAGUGCGGUGACAGAAGCGGUGAAAGCUCAGGUUAAAAUCAAUCAUCCUGAUAGUGAAGACCUUGCUUUUUUAUAUGGAACAAUAUUGACAGAUGGAAAAGAUGCUUUUAGUGAGGAACCAACCACCAAUAUCUGUGUGUUUGCAGAUGAACAGGUUGACAGAAGUCCGACCGGCUCGGGUGUGACAGCCCGAAUUGCUUUACAAUAUCACAAAGGACUUGUAAAACUAAACCAGAUGAGAGCCUUUAAAAGCAGUGCAACUGGCUCCGUAUUCACAGGGAAGGCUGUGAGGGAGGCAAAAUGUGGUGAUUUUAAAGCUGUUAUAGUCGAAGUAUCGGGGCAAGCUCAUUACACAGGUACAGCAAGUUUUACAGUGGAAGACACCGACCCACUGAGGGAUGGAUUCCUUCUCAAGUGAUUUACACAACUCUGAAGAACUUUCUUUUUAAAGCAAUCAUUACCAGCAGAGUAUGUGAAAGUAUUUUUACAUUGAGAAGUCAAUUGACAUGUCUUAUCUCAUCAAUUAACCACAUUGAA